UGUCAAUUGCUUUUUUUUUAUUCUUAUUAUUGGUUGCGGGGAUUCUCUUCCCGAGGUUUUUUAUUUUUUGUUUCUACAUGUUCUUGACGCGUUUAAAUACUUUUGCAACAAGAAAUCUCAAGCUAUUUUACACUUUACGACCAUCAAUCGCUAUUCAAAAGACUAUGGCAACACUUGCUUCUUCAGAAAGAGAACUCGAGGUCAUUGAAAACUUGAACUACGUUCGACAAACAGUUGAAGACCUCAAAGGCCAAAGCAAUGCUCGUCUUGUAGCUGUCAGUAAGUACAUGCCUGUUGAAGAUAUUGCUUAUGCAACCAAGACUGGGCAGACACAUUUUGGUGAAAAUUAUGUUCAAGAAUUAGCUGAAAAAAGCAAACAAUUGCCUUCUUCAAUUGACUGGCAUUUUAUUGGUCAUCUUCAAUCUAACAAAUGUAAAAUAGUAGCAUCCAUUCCAAACCUGUUUAUUGUUGAAACAAUUGACAGUGCAAAAAAAGCAGAUGCGCUAAACAAAGCCUGUUUAGCAGUUGAACGUCAAGAUAAGCUCAAAGUUUAUGUUCAAGUCAACACAAGCGGAGAAGAAGCAAAAAGUGGUGUAGAGCCUAGCGAGGCAUUGGAUGUCUGCCAGCAUAUUAAAGAGAAUUGUCCGGCUCUUGAGUUGUAUGGUUUGAUGACAAUUGGCAUGAAAGAUCGUGAUGCAGCCAACAACCCUGAUUUUAAGAAAAUAAUCGAAUUAAAGCAAGACAUUAAAUUGAAAUUACAGCUUGAAGUAUUUGAAGCCAGUUUUGGUAUGUCUGGCGACUAUAAGGAAGCUUUGCUGGAGGGUUCAAAUAAUGUUCGUGUGGGCACUGCUAUUUUCGGUGCAAGAAGAACGAAGCAACAACUAUGAUAUAUAUGCAAAGUCGAGACAAUAAAAUUCUUUUACUGCAAUACUAACAAUAGCUAUUCAAAUAAAUCUUUCUUGGUAUUCUUUUAA